AUGCAGACGUUCAAACCAGUCGCAGGGUUCGUAGCGAUCGUCGCUGCUGCUGCUGCUUCGACCGCCUCUGCACAGGCGGACCCGGGCUCGCUGGUUGCGUCCCCGGAGCUCGCAGCGAUUGCCGAGUGCACCCCGACCCAGCUGGACGAAGGCCAAGUGGUUCUGACCUCGAACCAGCGCGCGGAACAAUGCGAGACAGCGCUCAACCUCACGGCCGGGACGAUGCUGCAAGUGACGACUGCAUCUGCUACGGAGAUGUGCGACACGGCAUCCUGUCGAGCAGCGCUGCAAGAGCUCUACAAUACGCUGCCAAACUGCCGCUACGACCUCUGGGGACUGCAAUACUCAGCCAUGAAGCUGCUCGAGUACUGCGGGAUCACGCCCAUGAAUGCGAGCGAAUCCAACUCUACGGACUCGACCAGUGGCUCGGUUGAGUGGCGUAAUACGUCGGGAUCUGCUUCGUUUGCACCAGUGGGAGUCCCUACGGACGAUUCUGCUACGCCCCGCCCAGCACCGAUCUCAAGUGCUGGAGCUGCUCCGAUCACUGUGGUGUCGGCUGCAGUGGCGACGACCGUCGGUUUGGUUGCUGCUUACUUGGCUUAA